CCUCUCACUAGUAUCGCCCCACUCACUACUGCGCGCGCCUGUCACUGACAACACUGAUUGCGUGCUGGCAACGCUUGCCUAGGUUGUUCCUCCUAGUGUAAGCAGGUGCUUAUCUCUCCCAGCACGCCAGGCCCACAAACCUAUCAUGGCUGUUCCAACGAGCCCACCCUCCCUGCCGAAGGAGCAAAAACCCUCUCAGGCACCCACAGAUCCUCCUGUGGAGGCCAACAAUGCCGUAACUUAUGAAAGAGGUACAAUGGAUGACAAUUUGUCGUUGGACGAUCCUGAAUCCGUCGUUGAUAACGAUGAAGACGACGAGAUAGGCUCUGACACCGCCAGCCGCCGCUCACGCGAGCUCCGUUGUUCGUUCAGCCUGCCCGUGCUCCCCACACAAGCACUAUCGAACCUCCCACCACCGUCUGCACCUACACCAAUCCCCCGCGUCCGUUUCAAUUCGCGUGUACGUAUCACAGGCGGCGCGCGCCGUCGCCGUCUCUCUGACGGCGCAGCCUCCUCCCUCUCCGGCUCCCCCGCAUCAUCCAUCUCCGCGCCCAUCCACUCCGCCACCCACCUCUCCGCCAGAGGAUGGGGCCCGCUAGGGGCCCGUGUCAGCCUCCUCGCCUCCGGCCGCGACCUCGGCAACCCCCAGCCUCUCCCCCAGCCCGCACCUCAGCCCCGGUCGAUCCUUCGUACGCCCAGCUCUCAUUCCCGCUCCGCUCGGAGCGCCCCCGAUGAUUACGGAGUGCAGUACGCAGGUGGACACCCCAGCCAGCGGAAAGGCAGAUAUGACAGCGACGUCGACGAGCGCACCCCGCUUAUGUCGCGCCUAUACUACGCCCCGGAUGACAUGUCCGCCGACGAGGAGCGCGAGUGGCGUGAGCAGGUUAUCAACGAGCACUUUGGUCGGUGGCCGCAACGGUUGCUCAAUCAUCAUAACCUCCCCGAGCUGGACAUGUUUGGGGGACGUCCAUGUGCAAAUGCAAGAAAUCGAUGGCGCGUGCUGACGACUUCGUGCAUACAGUGGUGGUGGUGGAAAAUGGAACCGAUCGUGUGCUGCCUCUGUCUGGACUGCUCGGAAGAGGAUGAAUGACCCCAUUUUCUCAGUCGGCGUUGACUCGCUCCACUGGCAUGUUUGUUCGUUUCUAUGUUGUACUUCUUGGUUGCUUUUGUUUUCAGGUCCGCUGCCCAUUCUA